GUUAUGAAUUGAAUGCAAGACUCGAAAUACGAAGACACGGCGCGAGGAACUGCGGCAUUAUCGUUCGAGGAAGAUUUUUGAGAUCACCUUCAAUACCAAAGUUUUCCAUCCAAACAUUGAUGGCAGAGGCAGGAUAUGCCUUGACAUUCUCGAAGAUCAGUGGAGCCCUGCUAUUAACAUAUCAAAGAUUUUACUGUCAAUCAGCUCCCUUUUGACGGACCCGAACCCGGACAACCCGCUCGAGCCAGAGAUUGCUCAUGUGUAUAAAACCGACAGAGCGAAAUAUGAUGCAAUUGCUCGAUCCUGGACUCAGCAAUUCGCCAAACCCUGAGAACCAUAUCAUUAGUUAUUUUACAUAAAAAAAAACUUUUUCUUAUUUAAAAUUUCGUUCAGUGACUAAUGUUUGGACUUGCUCUUCAUAGAUGUGUCUUUUGGGCUCACUUUGAGACCUAUAUACAACUAUACUUAUUGUUGUUUUUU